CGCCACAAAUCAGGAAAUGAUAAGAACAUUGACAUGAGCGUUGUGUUUGGAAUUAAUUACAUAGAAAUUAUACUGUGAUUUUACCAUAACUAUAUUAGGUUAUUCGUUUUUUAAAUUGUCGAGAAUAUGUGCUAGGCAAUCGCUUCACUUGCAGUCCGGAAAAAGUUAAUUCUUCACUUUCAUCCAACUUUUCUCUUGUUGUCUUGGCUCUAACGUUGCUAAUUAACUAAACUGGGAGAUGUGUUGUUAAACUGCCUAUGUUUUUUAUUACCAUCCUCCUCUACAUGUUAACACUGUAUUGUUAUUAGAGGUGAGACUAGUUAACCCUUGGAGAUGGAGACCUUGGGAUCUCAAAAUCCUGAUUUGAGCUUGGUGCUUUCGUCCUGUGAGCCUGAGCUGCAGGAGCUGAUGCGGCAGAUAGACAUUAUGAUCAGUCAGCAGAGGACUCAGUGGGAAGCAGAGAUCCAGACCACUCAAGUCCAGCUGAAGACUGUCCAGGAGGAACUGUGUACCUCCAGAGAGCUGCUACAGAGGAAGGAGCUGGAGAUGUCGAUACUUCAAAAACAGCAAGAAUCUACAAAAACAGAACUUAUUUCAAAGUAUGAACUACAACUGCAAAAAGUCCGUGAAGAGUUAAAUAAAUUAAAGAGAAGUUACCAGAAACUUCAGCGCAAACAUGUGAAGCAAGACAGCACUGGAGCAAAAGACACAGACAGUUCAGAAGUGUCCAGACUCAAGGAGAAGAUUGAGGAACAUCAAAGGCGCUCCGCAGAUUGGGAACAACAGUGCGUCAAAUACCAAAAGCAACUCGUCACAUUAGAGACACAGAACAAGAGUCUGAUUCAAGAAAUCUCUCUUCUGAAAUCCCAAUGGUCACUGCCAAAGGAGCGGGAACACAAGGAGUGUUGUUCACAGCUACAGCGUCUUCGAGCUCAGCUGGAGAAAGCCCAAGACAGUCUUCAUUCUCAAGAGCUGGAGCUGGAGCGGCUGCGCCCUCUGGAGGUGUGGUUGGGACAGUACCAGAGGGAGAAAAGGGUGCAUGCUGAGGAAAGAGAGGAGCUCCACGCCACUCUGGACUCUCAGGAUUCAUUUUUACGACGUGCCAGUUUGGAGCGGCAGAGGUUUCAAAAUGAGGCUGAAAGACUCAAACAGCUGCUGCAGGCUAAAGAUCAAGUCAUACGCUCUCUGGAGGACUGUCUGGCGGCUCAUGGUGGUGCAGGAGUGGAGACCAUGAGGUUGGAUCUGGAGAAGACCACCGCCAAACUGCAGUGCGCUCAGACCAGUGAGGCUGAGCUCAGGGCUGAACUGUCAUGUCUGAAAGAGAAACUUGAGAUGAUGAGCAGACGGAAAGAGGACCAAUCAAAGACAGAGCAAGAACUGAAAAGUAUCAAAGCAGAAUAUGAGUCAUGCACUGCAGAAAUGAAAAAGUUGAGAGAGGAGCUUCAGCGGGCCCAGCAGACCCACAGUGGGGAGGUGGAGGGCAUGAGGCGAGAGGUGUCCAAGCUGACCAGUGAGCUCCACCAGAGGGACCGCACCAUCUCCACACACAGCGGCUCCCUGUGCAGCAUCCGGGAGCAGCUCAAAGGGGAGCAGCAGAGAUCAGAGCAGAGGACAACUCAGCUCAAAAUGACUCAGGCUCAACUGGACUCGCUGAAAGAAGAGAACCAGCAUCUGAAAAGUCUACUCCAGUGCCAGGAUUCUCAUUCACCCAAGAGAGAGGACCCAUCCCUGGCAGCUCUGAGGGACAGUUACAUUUCGUCACUAAGCAUUCUGGAGCAGGAGAAUCUACAGCUGAGGCAGGCGCUCGGGGACGUGCAGAGCCAACUAAGUGCCUCCAGUUCAAAAAGUCAAGAACUGCACGUUGCUGCUCAAAGGGACCAAACUGACCAAAGGAAAACCAGGGAACCUGGCAGUGGCUCCAGCCAUGAGGGGGAGAUCCAGCAACUAUUCAGUCGUCUGCAGGUCAAACCCCAAACCUCCACAGCACCGUCCCACAGCAGCUCUCAGGACAGCCGGACCCAGUCUCCAGCCCGGUCACGGCCCUCCUCUUCCAACUCCUCCGAACUGAACCUGGGCAGGAGGAACUCGGCCUCCAGUGACUCUGCUGCUGAGGGCCCGGGCUCUGCACAUUCAAAUACAAGAGAGAGGGCCAUAGGGGCAGAGUCUCCUUCUGGUGGGAUGGUUUCUCGGUUCCUGGAGGAGGAGAGCCAAAGGUCCAAAGAGCUGCUGCAGAUACUGGACUCUCACAUCCAAAAUAUGACGGAGAACAAUACAAGGACUGUGUCUAAGUACCUGCCCAGUGCCAUCGUAACAUUGGAACCUACUGCUACAAACAGUUAGUGAUUGAAAACUGAGCAGGACAAGAUGAAGUGCUUAAUAAAUAUUCCUGACAAGAGAAGAACACAUGCAUGUAUUUUAUUAUCUUGUUAUUGCAUUUUGAACUGACAUUUCAACCAAUGCAUUUUGCUUAAUAUCCACAGUAUUUGAAACUUUAAUAAAAACACAAGAUGUA